CGGUCGCCAUUGCCUCGUGCCCGCGCCGGUCGGUUGGUGGCGCCUUUGUCCUACGGCGGGCAGGUGGGCUGACGCGGAGGCGGCGGCGGCGGGCCUGAGGCGAAGGAGCGGCAGGGAGCCCGCCGCGUUGGUAGCGAUAUUAAUAAGGCAGCGGAAAGAAGAAAUAAUGAAUACGGCUCCAUCAAGACCCAGCCCUCCCACACGAAGGGAUCCGUAUGGCUUUGGAGACAGUCGAGAUUCAAGACGUGAUCGAUCCCCAAUUCGAGGAAGUCCAAGGAGAGAGCACAGGGAUGGCAGAAAUGGCCGGGAUGCCCGGGAGAGCAGAGACAUUCGAGACCCCCGAGACUUACGGGACCACAGAGAUAGUAGAGACUUGCGGGACCACAGAGACAGCAGAGGUAUACGUGAUGCUCGGGACAUGAGGGAUCUUAGAGACUUUCGUGAUCUGAGAGACUCCAGGGAUUUUCGAGAUCACCGGGACCCAGUGUACGACAGAUACAGAGACAUGAGAGACUCCCGAGAUCCCAUGUACAGGAGAGAAGGCUCUUAUGACCGAUACCUGCGAAUGGAUGACUAUUGCAGGAGAAAGGACGACUCUUACUUUGACCGUUACAGAGAUAGCUUUGAUGGACGAGGCCCUCCAGGCCCAGAAAGUCAGUCUCGUGCAAAAGAACGUUUGAAACGUGAGGAACGGCGUAGAGAAGAACUUUAUCGUCAAUAUUUUGAGGAAAUCCAGAGACGCUUUGAUGCUGAAAGGCCGGUCGAUUGUUCUGUGAUUGUAGUCAACAAGCAGACUAAAGAUUAUGCUGAAUCUGUGGGACGGAAGGUACGAGACCUAGGCAUGGUAGUGGACUUGAUCUUCCUCAACACAGAGGUGUCAUUGUCACAAGCCUUGGAGGAUGUUAGCAGGGGAGGGUCCCCUUUUGCUAUAGUCAUCACUCAGCAACACCAGAUUCACCGCUCCUGUACAGUCAACAUCAUGUUUGGAACCCCACAAGAGCAUCGCAACAUGCCCCAGGCAGAUGCCAUGGUGCUGGUGGCCAGAAAUUAUGAGCGCUACAAGAAUGAGUGUCGGGAGAAGGAACGUGAGGAGAUUGCCAGACAGGCAGCCAAGAUGGCUGAUGAAGCCAUCCUACAGGAAAGAGACCGAGGAGGUCCUGAGGAGGGCCUGCGUGGGGGCCAUCCCCCGGCUAUCCAGAGCCUCAUCAACUUGCUGGCAGACAACAGGUACCUCACUGCCGAAGAGACUGACAAGAUCAUCAACUACCUGCGAGAGCGAAAGGAGCGUUUGAUGAGGAGCAGCACCGACUCUCUGCCUGGUGAGCUACGUGGCAGGGCCGAGGCCCGAUUUCCCGCCAACCACUCGGGGCGCCCUCGGGUGCCUCGCUGAAGACACAGCCAAGCUCCCAACCGCUCCAGAGCGGCCAAGUGCUCCCCUCUGCUACACCCACUCCAGCUGCACCCCCCACCUCCCAACAAGAGCUUCAGGCCAAAAUCCUCAGCCUCUUCAAUAGUGGCACGGUUGCGGCCAAUAGCAGCUCGGCAUCCCCCUCAGUUGCUGCCGGAAGCACCCAGAACCAGAAUUUUUCCACAGCAGCAAACAGCCAGCCUCAGCAAAGAUCACAGGCCUCUGGCAAUCAGCCUCCAAACAUUUUGGGACAGGCAGGAUCUGCUGGGAACAUGGGUCCCAGACCAGGAGCUCCUUCCCAAGGGCUUUUUGGCCAGCCUUCCAGUCGUCUGGCACCUGCUAGCAACAUGGCUAGCCAGAGGCCCGUGUCUUCCACAGUCAUCAACUUUGACAAUCCAAGUGUACAGAAGGCUCUGGACACCCUAAUUCAGAGUGGCCCUGCUCUCUCCCACCUGGUUAGCCAGACCACAGCACCGGUGGGGCAGCCCCAGGGCCACAUGGGAUCUUACCAGAGGCAUUACUGAGGCUAAAUCUGUCAUCUACUCCCAUCCCUCAUCCCUGGCCUCCUCCCACCUACUGCGUUCUAAAUAGAGUUGUCUGCAGGAUGUUCUUUGCACUCUCCAGGUCUGCAUCAAAUAUCCUAAGUUUCUACCACCUGCUCUGUUGCUUAUUCUUUACCAAGUCAGAUUUGUACUGCAUUUGGGACUGUAUCUUUUUGUUUUUGCUUUUGUCUUUUUGUAGAAAAUAAAUAUCUCUAGGGUCACUUGGGCAGUACAGGUGUGUGAGCUUAGUUUAUAUUUGAUGGGGUUUGUCUGGUCCUUCUGUAUGCUGGAUUUGGAAGAGGAAAGGAAGAAACCAGGCCCAGCUGGCCGAGUUUGGAAUGGCAUUUGUCAUGUCAGUAACCACCACCUUUGUUCAUUGUGAACCUACCAAGGCUUUCCAGCUUCAUAUAGGUCGACCAGAGCUCCAGCUCCCACCUGCAGCUCCUACUUUGGGUGCAAAGAGGCAGACUGGCCUUGGCAAGCACAGUGUUGUCAUGCCCCCACCCUAUGGUUGGCGUCUGCUUAAGGAUUCACAACUCAGCUACUCUAGAUUGAGGAGCGGCCAUGACAGACACAGAAGAAGGAACUUUCUGCCAGAGCCAAGGUUGUUUUUGGGGGUUUUUUUGUUUUUCUCGUUUUCAUUUUGUUGGAGGAUCUCCAAUGGACUGAGCCGCUCCAGUCAGCCGCAGUUUAACAUAAACUGUGAAUUUGGGCCCACCACUCUUCUCCUCCUCAGCUCUGUCAGCACCCCUCCAGCGGCACUUCCCGGAAUCGGUUUUGAGACUCUGGCCACGAACACUCAUUUCUUCAGUGAUUUGUUUUGAGCUUUUGGCUCAAAAACCCAGGCUCUUGUUUUCAUCUAGACUCUUGUUCUGUUUUCUGAGCAGCAGGAGGUAGGGACCAUUUUGAUGUCAGACUUUUGGUAGCUGGACAUAUUCUCGAGACAAAUGGCCGUUCAUGACUUUUACGCCAGACAGAUUGUUGGAGGGCUUCUAGCUGCUGCUCUAAAUGGAGCCCCAGGAAGCUUCCCCUUCCCUAGGGCUUGUACUCAUUGGAGCCCCGUGGAUCAUAGUCUCGACAGCCCCUGGCAGGGGUGAGGGAGAGCAGUGACUUCAGCUGAGUUCCCGCCACUGGCUGAGCAAACUGGUUUUUAAAUUCAAGGUCCCCAGGUGGCAGCAUUUUAUGUUCUGACCCGUUUGUGUUAUAUAGUGUUUUUUUCUCUUUGAAACUUGUGUUGUUAAUAAUAUGAAAUGAUUACUUUUUAAUUAAAAUGAAAAAGUAUAA